GUGAAAGUUUACAAAUCAAGUCAGUCUCUCACACAAAAACUUAUAUACACCUUGCUACAUACUCCCAAUUGCUCUCCCCCUAAUGAGACAGUCUGCUCCCUCCCUCCACUCUCUCCUUUCGUGUCCAUUUCGCCAGCUUCUAACCCCCUCUACCCUCUCAUCUCCCCUCCAGGGAGGAGAUGCCAACAUAGUCUCAAGUGUGCACCACCUGAUCCAAGAAGCUCACUCCUCACCAGCAUCCCUCUCCAACCCAUAGUCCAGUCCAGUCCCUGUCUGAAGAGUUGGCUUUGGGUAUGGUUCCUGUCCUGAGCCAGCAGAAGGUCUGGGGGCCAUGACCACUGGGGUACUGUAGUCUCAGUCAGACCAUUAAGUCUGGUCUCUUUAUGAGAAUUUUGGGGUUUGCGUCCCACUGCUCUCCUGCUCCCUCAGGGGUUCUCUGUUGUGUUCUCCGUCAGGCAGUCAUUGGUUGUAGCUGGGCUCCAUCUAGUUCCUCUGGUCUCAGGCUGAUGUAGCCUCUGGUUUAUGUGGCCCUUUCUGUCUCUUGGGCUCGUAAUUACCUUGUGUCUUUGGUGCUCUUCAUUCUCCUUUGAUCCAGGUGGGUUGAGACCAAUUGAUGGAUCUUAGAUGGCUGCUUGCUAGCGUUUAAGACCCCAGGAGACUCUAACUCUUUAGUUGCAUGACUUUGUACAGCUCCAACCUGGCUUUUCUCAUGACUUAAAGGGGAGCAGCCAUACCUGCCUCACAAGGUACUGAUAAAGAUCAAACGAGGCAAUAUGUCAUGUGCGUGGCAUUCACUAUAUCAGUGGGAAGGGAAUCCUUCAGUGUAACAAUAAAUUGAUUAUUAAACUUUGUUCUUUUUCUUACCAUGAUUCUAAGGUGUAAGAAGUAGCAGCAGAUAAAAUGUCCACACUUAAAAAACCAUCUUUCCUUUUCAUUUUCCUCUUCUCUGGAGAAAAAUGACGUGUAAAUCACAUUUUGAUCUCGAAAAUUCCCCAUUUCCUUGUCAAAAAUCUUAUCAAGGUAAAUUACACAGAGAUGAUAAAUUUUACAGGUUACUCAAAACUCAGUAAUAAAUAAUCAUGUUUGUCAUUAACCAGAAAGGGCAUUACAGGAGUAGUGUGCCAAGAACAAAGGUUUAGCAAGAGAUUGACUUUGUGUGGCCUAAAUAAGUGUUGUAAGGAAAAUAGACUUUAAUAAAACAUUUUAAAAUGAAUCAUUCUCUUAAGUUUCUGUUUAUUGCCUCUCACUAGGGGUUUAUAGUCUUUUAAAAAAUAAUGAAACCUCUGCUUCUAAGAAAUACAUAUUUUAUUCCUAAGAUAACCAAGCAAUAUUAGAAAAAAAUUAGAGAAACAAAAUGUGAACUCUAAUCGUAGAAAAAUCAUGUAGCACUACGGUUGCAUAGUGUAACUGAAAAGGCUUUUUUAAGGGGACACAUCCUAACAUGAGUUGGAAUCGACUCGACGGUACCGGGUUUGGUUUUUUCGGUAUCCUGACAUUUUUUAACAUUAGUGAUGACAAACCUAUGAUGUAGGAAUAACUGAUUUUUAUUAAUUCUUUUUCUUAAGAAAUAUAUAGUCUGAUUACAAACAGGCAGUAAUAGUAGUGAAUGGUAUAUACCCCCAAAGAGCCAGGGCUUUACAUUGUGGGUAGAGGAGUAAUGAUUUUGAAUUGGAGUAUGGGGAAUGCCAGCUUCUUGCUUGAUACCGAGAGAGGUACAAAAUAUGAUAAGACAUAGUUCUGGUCUGCAGGCACGUGUCAUCUUAAGUGAUAAGAGGGAUUUUGGUACAUAUAUCCAAUGUAGAAGAGAGUUAGUAAGUGAUGAAUGCAAUAGAAAUAGGUAAUAUUAUAAGUAGAAUGAAAAGUUGUAGCUACGACUGGGAGGAGCCUACACUUGAACUAACUAGGGGAGAACCUUGCCUCCUAACUUUGUGAUCAAGAGUCGAGUAAGUAGAGGCCUUCAUUCUAGGUUCUCUAGAAAACAUAAAGGUGGGAUGGGAAGAGUUUUCUUCAGAUAUGCUAUGGGAAUCUCAAAGACCUUCAUGUUAUCAGCCCUUGCUUUCUUCUCUACAGUGAAUAUAAUUUAUUCACCAAACAAAUAGUUUUUUAGCAGUUAUUCACCCAAGAAAUGUUUGAGUGUCUACUUGGGACCAGGUACAACAGUGACUGAAAGUUUAUUCUUUUUCUUAAGAAACUUAUAAUCUGGUUACAAACAGGCAGUAAUAGUAGUAGAUGGCAUAUACCUCAAAGGAACCGGGGUUUAACUUUGUGGAUGGAAGAGUAAUGAUUUGGAAUUGGAGAGUAUGAGGAAUGCCAGCCCCAUCGAAGAAUUUGAGAGUGUUUGAAAAGGGGGAGGCGGGUGUCUUCUGGAGAGAACCAGGUUUCAGUUAAAGCAAAAAAGAAAAUGAGGGUUCAGGUCUCUUCAGAGGACCUGGGAGGAAGGAUUGGGAAGGAAGAGAACAGUAUAUCGGUGGUUUUGGGAAGGUGGAGCACAUGGCAAUAAUGGAGUGGAGUCCUGAAUUUUGAGUGAUAACCAAGGAUAAACUAGGAUAAGAAGAAUGGUGGGUUUAGUGGUGCUAUGUUCUCCGAAGAACUGCUCCCAGCUAUCCUCUGCUGGGGAAGGUGAGGAUUCAGAUCUCCAGGAAUAUGUUUACCACCAAAUAAUGAUCCAUAAUUCAGAAUAGUCAAAGAGGUAGAAUAGCAAAAUUGAUAACAUCAGUGAGUAAGCAGUUCAUUUCUAAGCCUUUGCAGCUUCACCCCAAAGAAGGUCUGGGGAUAAGGGCUAAUACUACUCAGACCUUGGGUUUGGUAGUCAUUGGAAGGCCUUUUUCAAUAAUGCAUAAAGAGAAAUAGUAAAAUGCCCAGUAGAUCCAAGAUUCAGCAGUCUCACUCUGGAAUCAUGUUUCAAAAAAAAAGAAAUCAGAGCAUUAAAUGCUUUCCCCAGUCUUUAGCAUACUUAACAUUUUUCUUUCGUCGUUCUAAUUAAUUUUUUGUUCUGAAAUACAUACUCAAGUGCCUAGAGCAAAGUGACCAGGAUGGUAAAAGAACACUGACCAUUUCAUAUGUGGUAUGAUGGAUGAAGCUAGGAUUAUGUAGCCUGAAGAAGUGAAGACUUAAGGGCCUCAUGUGGAAGAAGGACUAAAUGUAUCUGUUGCUGGACCUAUGGAUGAGAAGGAGAUACAAGAGGACAGGCUUUAGCUCAAUACACAGAAGAAAAUCUUGAGACGUUGUGCCAUAUGCCUGUUGUCAAAUUUCAAAGUUCUGAAUCACUCCCCAAUGUCUGAUGUCUCUGUCAAUUUUGACUACAAAUCCCCAUCCCCGUUUGACUGCAGUACUGAUCAGGAAGAGAAAAUUGAAGAUGUUGCUAGUCAAUGUCUGCCCCAGAAGGACCUGUAUGCUACUGAAGAGGAAGCUGAUACCCUUUUCCCUAGGAAAAUGACGUCCCAUAAUGGGAUGGAGGACAGUGGAGGAGGAGGCACCGGAGUGAAGAAGAAACGGAAGAAAAAGAAUCCAGGAGAACAAGAGGGUGCAGCAAAGGGAAGCAAGGACAGGGAGCCCAAGCCAAAGAGGAAGCGAGAGCCUAAAGAGCCAAAGGAACCUAGGAAGGCUAAGGAGCCGAAGAAGGUCAAGGAGCCCAAGGAGCCGAAGCAGAAGGAUGGAGCAAAGAAGGUGCGGAAGCCCCGAGAGGCCUCGGGCACUAAGGAGGCCAAAGAGAAGAGGAGCGGGGCUGACUCUACAGCCAGGACAAAGUCCAGAAAGUCCAGCAAGGAGCAAGGACCAACCCCAGUGGAGAAAAAGAAGAAAGGAAAAAGGAAAAGUGAAACCACGGUGGAGAGUUUAGAGCUGGAUCAGGGCCUGCCGAACUCAUCCUUGCGGAGUCCUGAGGAGUCCACUGAGUCUGCAGACAGCCAGAAACGACGCUCGGGACGGCAAGUGAAGCGCAGAAAAUACAACGAGGAUCUGGACUUCAAAGUGGUGGAUGAUGACGGGGAAACAAUCGCUGUUCUUGGAGCUGGCCGAACAUCCGCCCUCUCGGCUUCUACACUGGCAUGGCAGGCAGAGGAGCCUCCAGAAGAUGAUGCAAACAUCAUUGAGAAGAUCCUGGCAUCUAAGACAGUCCAAGAGGUUCACCCUGGAGAACCCCCAUUUGACUUGGAGCUAUUCUACGUUAAGUAUAGAAAUUUUUCCUACUUACAUUGUAAAUGGGCCACAAUGGAAGAGCUCGAGAAGGAUCCUCGCAUCGCACAGAAGAUCAAGCGAUUUAGGAAUAAACAAGCCCAGAUGAAGCACAUUUUUACAGAGCCUGAUGAAGACUUAUUCAAUCCAGACUAUGUAGAAGUUGAUCGCAUCUUGGAGGUGGCCCACACCAAGGAUGCAGAAACAGGGGAAGAGGUGACACAUUACCUGGUGAAGUGGUGCUCACUGCCAUACGAAGAAAGCACGUGGGAGCUAGAGGAAGAUGUGGAUCCUGCAAAAGUGAAAGAAUUCGAGUCUCUUCAAGUUCUCCCUGAAAUUAAGCACGCGGAGCGACCUGCUUCAGACUCCUGGCAGAAACUUGAGAAGUCUCGAGAGUAUAAGAACAGUAACCAGCUCCGGGAGUACCAGCUGGAGGGAAUGAACUGGCUCCUUUUUAACUGGUAUAACAGAAAAAACUGUAUUUUAGCUGAUGAGAUGGGCCUAGGGAAAACCAUCCAGUCCAUCACAUUCCUUUCAGAAAUAUUCCUAAGGGGAAUUCACGGCCCUUUCCUCAUCAUUGCCCCUCUCUCCACCAUCACUAACUGGGAGCGAGAGUUCCGAACGUGGACGGAGAUGAAUGCUAUCGUGUACCACGGCAGUCAGAUCAGCAGGCAGAUGAUCCAGCAGUAUGAAAUGGUGUACAGGGAUGCACAGGGAAACCCCCUUUCAGGAGUCUUCAAGUUCCAUGUUGUCAUCACGACAUUUGAGAUGAUCCUGGCAGAUUGCCCAGAGCUAAAGAAGAUUCACUGGAGCUGUGUGAUAAUUGAUGAAGCUCACAGAUUGAAGAAUAGGAACUGCAAACUUCUGGAGGGCCUGAAGCUCAUGGCCCUGGAACAUAAAGUGCUGCUCACUGGAACGCCCUUGCAGAACUCUGUUGAGGAGCUCUUCAGUCUGCUAAAUUUUCUGGAGCCAUCACAGUUUCCUUCAGAGACUGCUUUCUUGGAGGAGUUUGGAGACCUGAAAACAGAGGAGCAGGUGAAGAAACUGCAAUCUAUCCUAAAGCCAAUGAUGCUUCGACGGCUGAAAGAUGACGUGGAAAAGAAUCUUGCUCCCAAACAAGAGACGAUCAUUGAAGUGGAGCUGACUAAUAUCCAGAAAAAGUAUUACCGUGCCAUCUUGGAGAAGAACUUUUCCUUCCUGGCCAAGGGGGCAAAUCAGCACAACAUGCCCAACCUCAUCAAUACCAUGAUGGAGCUGAGAAAGUGCUGUAACCAUCCUUACUUGAUCAAUGGGGCGGAGGAGAAAAUCUUAGAAGAUUUCCGAAAAACCCACAGCCCUGAUGCUUCUGACUUUCAGCUGCAGGCCAUGAUUCAGGCAGCCGGGAAGCUGGUGCUGAUUGACAAACUGCUCCCUAAGCUGAUUGCUGGUGGCCACAAAGUGCUCAUUUUCUCCCAGAUGGUGCGCUGCCUUGAUAUCCUGGAAGAUUAUCUCAUCCAGAGAAGAUACACCUAUGAGCGAAUUGAUGGGCGAGUACGGGGAAACCUGCGCCAGGCAGCCAUCGACCGGUUCUGUAAACCAGACUCAGACCGCUUUGUCUUUCUUCUGUGCACCAGAGCGGGAGGCCUGGGGAUCAAUCUCACAGCUGCUGAUACCUGCAUCAUAUUUGAUUCAGACUGGAACCCACAGAAUGACUUGCAGGCUCAGGCCCGAUGUCACCGGAUAGGCCAAAGCAAAGCUGUGAAAGUGUAUCGCCUCAUUACUCGGAACUCCUACGAGCGGGAAAUGUUUGACAAGGCCAGCCUAAAGCUGGGUCUAGACAAGGCUGUUCUUCAGGACAUCAACCGAAAGGGCAGCACCAAUGGCGUGCAGCAGCUCUCAAAAAUGGAGGUGGAGGACUUGCUUCGGAAAGGUGCUUAUGGAGCCUUAAUGGAUGAGGAAGACGAAGGCUCCAAGUUCUGUGAAGAAGAUAUAGACCAGAUUCUGCAGAGGAGAACCCACACCAUCACCAUCCAGUCUGAAGGGAAAGGAUCGACUUUUGCCAAGGCUAGCUUUGUAGCUUCAGGAAAUAGAACGGAUAUUUCCUUAGAUGACCCUAACUUUUGGCAGAAAUGGGCUAAAAUAGCUGAACUGGACACCGAAGCAAAGAAUGAAAAGGAAAGCCUGGUGAUCGACCGGCCUCGUGUGAGGAAGCAGACCAAACACUACAACUCCUUUGAGGAGGAUGAACUCAUGGAGUUUUCAGAGUUAGACAGUGAUUCCGAUGAAAGGCCCACGAGAUCAAGGCGCCUCAAUGACAAAACCAGGCGCUACCUCCGAGCCGAGUGCUUCCGGGUGGAGAAGAACCUGCUCAUCUUUGGCUGGGGCCGGUGGAAGGACAUCCUGACUCACGGGCGAUUCAAGUGGCAUCUGAAUGAGAAAGACAUGGAGAUGAUUUGCCGUGCCCUGCUGGUGUACUGUGUCAAGCAUUACAAGGGGGAUGAGAAGAUCAAGAGUUUCAUUUGGGAAUUGAUCACACCUACCAAAGAUGGACAGGCCCAGACACUCCAGAACCACUCAGGGUUAUCUGCUCCAGUCCCUAGAGGAAGGAAGGGGAAGAAGACGAAGAAUCAGCUACUACUCCCAGAAUUAAAGAAUGCAGACUGGCUGGCCACCUGCAACCCUGAGGUGGUCUUGCAUGAUGAUGGCUAUAAGAAACACCUCAAACAGCACUGCAACAAGGUACUUUUGCGAGUCCGGAUGUUGUACUACCUAAAAGCUGAAAUACUGGGAGAAGCAGCUGAUAAAGCUUUUGAAGGAGCUCCAGCCAGAGAGCUGGAGGUACCUCUGCCGGACAUCGACUAUGUGGAGAUCCCAGUGGACUGGUGGGAUGCUGAGGCUGAUAAGUCCCUUCUGAUUGGCGUUUUCAAGCAUGGCUAUGAGAGAUACAAUGCCAUGCGAGCAGACCCAGCACUUUGCUUCCUGGAGAAAGUUGGCAUGCCAGAUGAGAAGUCCCUUUCUGCAGAACAAGGAGUCACGGAUGGAACCUCAGACAUUCCCGAAAGAGGCAACAUGGAUAAAGAAGAUAAUGCUGAGGACAAAUCACAUGGCCACCAGAAACAAACGGAGAGUUCCAGCGAUGGAGGUGAUGGCAUUUUUGGUGAAAAGAAGGAUGACAGCCAGGCAGCCCAGGAUGGCUCCGACCCAGACAAAUCGCCCUGGCCAGUUUCUUCCGCUCUGACAGCUCGUCUCAGACGUCUGGUCACUGUCUACCAGCGCUGCAACCGCAAAGAACCCUGCCGGCCUGAAAUUCUGGGACCGGGUAACCAGGGAUACUGGGUCCAGGAAGAGAUGUUCAGGAGAACCGCCGAAAUGGACCUCAUCAACAAGGAAGCCCAAAAGAGGUGGACUAGGAGAGAACAAGCAGACUUCUACAGAACAGUGUCUUCCUUUGGUGUGGUUUAUGACCAAGAAAAGAAAACCUUUGACUGGACACAGUUCCGAAUUAUUUCCCGUUUGGACAAGAAGUCAGAUGAGAGCUUGGAACACUACUUUUACAGCUUUGUGGCCAUGUGCCGAAAUGUCUGUCGUCUGCCCACAUGGAAAGAUGGUGGCGCCCCAGAUCCCACUAUCUACGUUGAACCCAUCACUGAGGAACGGGCCGCAAGAACUCUGUACCGUAUUGAACUUUUACGGAAAGUCCGAGAGCAAGUGCUGAAGUGUCCUCAGCUGCACGAGCGCCUCCAGCUCUGCAGGCCCAGCCUCUACCUCCCAGUCUGGUGGGAGUGUGGGAAGCACGAUCGUGACCUGCUCAUUGGCACCGCCAAACAUGGGCUGAACCGCACGGACUACUACAUCAUGAAUGACCCCCAACUGUCCUUCCUGGAUGCCUACAGAAACUAUGCCCAGCAUAAAAGAACCAACACGCAGGCACCAGAAAGUCUCUGUUGCCUUUAUCAGACCAACUCCAAACUAUAUGAAUCUCUCACAUAUACUCAGAUGAGCAGGACCUCGGAGUCUCUUGAGAUUGAACCUGAAAAUCUAGUGAAAAUAGAAAGCAGAGAGAAUCACUUGGGUCAGCCUGGGGGCAGCUUACCUGACAUUACCUGUGAAAACUUUAUUUCUAAAGUUCAGGAUGUCAUUUCCAUCAACCAUGAUGAAAGCCUGCUCUCUGAGUCCUUGGAGAGUAUGAUGUAUGGUAAGACAGUUUUCAGCCAAGAGCCAGGCUCUUUUCAGGAAAGCCUGAGCAGUUCCAAUGCUGACUCCAGGAGAGACACUGUUGCCAUCUCAGCAAGCAAAGAUGCGGACUGUCAGCCUGGUGGCCAUGAGGCAGAUAUAGCUUCAGGUCCGUCUUUUAUGGGUAUUUUAGAAGCAGGAGUAGCUCAGAUGAACAACAAAAAUGGAAAACAUUUGUUAAUGUCUAUUUCGGAGGAGGGAGAACUCUGCUGCAGUGAGGCAGGGCAGAGACCUGAAAGCAUUAGGCAUCUAGAAACCAAAUGCAUGGCCUCCCCUUCCUUGGAUCAAGGAAAUGAAAGUGGGUUUGUAGAUAUGUGUAAUCUUAGUGUCUAUGACUCCAAAACAAGUUUUUCUGCAAAUCAGCAAUUAAUUGAUUUAUUAGAAAACAAAAGUUUAGAAAGUAAAUUGAUUUUGAGUCAGAACCACAGUGAGGAGGAGGAGGAAGAGGAGGACAAUGAGGAGGAAAACUUAGAUAUGGCAGCAGACAUAAAGAGGCCAGAGGUUUUGCAUCUAACAGAGCCCAGUACUGCUAUCCCAAGGGAAGAGAACCGAGGCUUCCGUGUAGGUGAAGCCAAGAAAGGAAGUUUGGAAGCAAUGAGCCCAAGUCCUGGGCCACAAAGGGCUUUUCCUCCAGCAGCCUGUCAGUGCCACUGCCAACACAUGGAGAGGUGGAAGACUGGCAUUGAGAAUGAUGACUUUGAAGUGGAGAAGCCCAGGGGUUAUAACCCAGACCUGUACAAAAGCAAAGCUAAUAAUAUCACAGCGGAGAGUGAGCCAACUGCUAUUCCAUCAGAGCCAUUUAAAGUGAAGCAUGAACUUUUAAAAGAACCCUGGAAAGAAAGUGCAGAAGGGAAGAAAGGUUUCCCUACAUACCCUCUUGAAGGAAGUGAGCUCAAGUCAGAAGAUACGGACUUUGAGAACAAAGAUGAUUAUGAUAGAAAUGGACACUGCCAUAGUCAAGAGUAUCCAGGAAAAUACUCUGAAGAGGAGAGUAAGAGCUCGACGUUGGGCAUGGCAGGAGACAUCGGUGAUGACCUGCAGGAGGCUCGGGCUCCCACCAUUGCUCAACUCCUUCAGGAAAAAACCCUCUAUUCCUUCUCGGAGUGGCCAAAGGAUCGCGUGAUAAUGAACCGCCUAGAUAACAUCUGCCACGUGGUGUUGAAGGGGAAGUGGCCCUCCAGCCACCAGUAUGAGCCCUCGGGCACACUGUCCACCCCUGUAUUAGCCAGUGGUGCUGGGUCUCGAAACAGCCUCUCGGAGCCAGAAACAUCAGAGCACAGCUUCAGCAAUGGCACAGCAUUGGUGGCCCAUAUCCAGAAGGAGAGCUUCUUGGCCCCAGUGUUCACGAAGGAUGAGCAACAGCACAGACAUCCCUAUGAGUUUGAAGUGGAGAGGGAUGCAAAGGCUCGAAGCCUGGAACAGUUCUCUGCCACACGUGGGCACCCCCCCAUUGUCCUCAAUGGCUGGCAUGGGGAGUCAGCUAUAGACCUCUCUUGCACAUCAGAGGGGGCCCCAGGAGCCACAUCCCCUUUCCCAGUGAGUGCCAGCACCCCUAAGAUCGGGACAAUCAGUUCACUUCAAGGAGCCCUUGGCAUGGACUUGUCUGGGAUUCUACAAGCUGGCCUAAUCCAUCCAGUGACUGGACAGAUUGUCAAUGGGAGCCUAAGAAGAGACGAUGCUGCCACGAGGAGACGGAGAGGGAGACGGAAACACGUUGAAGGAGGGAUGGACCUCAUCUUUUUGAAGGAGCAAACACUUCAGGCGGGAAUCUUGGAAGUCCAUGAAGACCCAGGGCAGGCCACCCUGAGCACUACACACCCUGAAGGGCCAGUGCCUGCUACCUCAGCAUCCGAAACAGUUGCAGCAGCCAGCAGCCAGGCCGAGAAAGCCAUUCCCAGCAAGAGUCUACUUGACUGGCUGAGGCAGCAGUCCGACUACUCCUUAGAAAUUCCUGGCUUUGGAGCAAAUUUUUCAGACAAACCAAAGCAGAGAAGGCCACGUUGUAAGGAACCUGGAAAAUUAGAUGUUAAUUCGCUGAGUGGAGAAGAGAGGGUUCCUGCUGUCCCCAAGGAGCCAGGACCAAGGGGCUUUCUCCCAGAAAACAAGUUCAAUCACACCCUGACUGAGCCUGUUCUUCGAGAUGCAGGCCCCCGAAGGAGGGGGAGGCGGCCUCGAAGCGAGCUCCUGAAAGCUCCCGCCAUUGUGGCAGACUCUCCCUCUGGAAUGGGGCCACUGUUCAUGAACGGACUGAUUGCUGGGAUGGACCUGGUAGGACUUCAGAACAUGAGAAACAUGCCAGGCAUCCCGCUCACUGGGCUGGUUGGGUUUCCGGCUGGCUUUGCCACAAUGCCUACAGGCGAAGAUGUCAAAAGCACCUUGAGCAUGCUGCCCAUGAUGCUGCCAGGAAUGGCCACAGUGCCCCAGAUGUUUGGCGUUGGGGGACUCCUCAAUACGCCUAUGGCAACUACCUGCACUUCAACUGCUCCAGCGUCUUUAUCAAGCACAACAAAAAGUGGUACGUCGGUGACUGAAAAGACUGCAGAAGACAAGCCAAGUAGCCGUGAUGUGAAAACAGAUACUUUAGCUGAAGACAAGCCUGGUCCUAGUCCGUUUUCUGAUCAGGCUGAACCUGCAAUAACUACUAGUAGUCCUGUGGCUUUUAACCCAUUUCUCAUCCCAGGAGUGUCUCCUGGACUCAUUUACCCAUCCAUGUUUCUCUCCCCUGGCAUGGGCAUGGCUCUGCCCACCAUGCAGCAGGCCAGACACUCUGAAAUCAUAGGUCUGGAAAGCCAGAAAAGGAAGAAGAAGAAAACAAAAGGGGACAACCCACACCCCAACCCAGAGCCUGCUCCCGGGUCUGAAAGGGAGUCCAUCAGCAAUCAGAACUGUACCGAAGCCAGUGCACCUUUGCCCCCAGAUAGAGAACACAUGGCACAGGCUGGGGAUGGGGGACCCAAAGACUCCAACACCACCACCAAUUAGAACUUUUUUCAUUGGAAAAAUUAUUGUGACUUGUAAGUUUCUUAUCCCAUAAAGGUUUGUUAUUUCCCUCACUUCACCUUCAUAAGAACCUGUGUUUCCAUAAGUAAUAUUACCUACCUAAUUUCCUGUCUGAGAACUAUGGUAACAGAUGUUAAUAGUUGCAGGGUCUUGCCACUUUAUUAGAUAAGUGUCGUCUACCUAGUCUAGGAGGCACAAAAUUCUCGUUCUGUUAUCCAGUUGUUCAUUCCAGCAAUCGUAGUUAGUACAGUACUUGGUGACAUGCCCCACCUCCUUCUCUUCCAAGUUUCUCAUUUAUUUGAGGAAAAAUGGCAAAAGAAAGCUGUCUAGAGAACUUAUCUUUGAAGGGCUGAAGAACAGAGACCAAGAGUAGCUCUUUUCACUGUGGGCUGCGUUGAAUGGGAAGAAUGGAAUGGGGAAACCAAAAAGCACAGAAAAGGGAAGUGCUGGUGUGUAUUUUUGAGUUGAGAUAUUUCCCUAUUUUAUCAUGAUUACUAAAUGAGUAGUAUAGACAGAGUAUAUAACUAAUGGUUGAAAAUGCAUAUAUUCGUUUCUUUAUAAAAAACAAAACAAAAACCUUACUGGUAAUAUAAUUUCCCCCUUCAUGGUUUUUCAGACACCUGCAGCAAGAAGAAAUACUGACUAGUCAUUAUUUUAUAUAUAUGCAUAACUCCCUCCCUCCUCCCCCCAAGUUAAAAGACGAUUCUCCAUCUGAGAAAGCUUUACACACCUUGAGUUAUGGCGGCGCCAGUGCGGGGCGGAGGGGUUCAUGCUCGUGGGGCUACACGUGCUUCACGAGCACACGACUGACAUGCUCUCACCGCCUUCUCCUCAGAAUGUCUGUAGUCACUACAUUUGCCUGUGUUUAAAGAACACCAGGACCGAAUGGGCUUUUAUUUUGUGCUUUCCAUCACCAAGAAUAAUGUUCUUUCUGGAGCCUGCGAGAAACUAGUCAACACUUUUACACUUGCUAGGUCCUUCUGUUAGGGUUAUCUGAGGUUGUCCAAACAUGUGUGCACCACCUUUAUAAUACGACUGUGAAAAGUGUUUUCUUCUCUCCAUUACUUCUGUGUUCUGUUUAUGUUUUACAGUUGGCCUCAAGUUCCAGAUGGUCAAGUUAGUUGAGACUGUGUUGCAAGUUAGUAUUCUUCUCUUCAGCUUCUCCAUGUUUAGGAACAUGGUUGGGAAGAACCUGCUCGAGCAGCCCUUGUUCCCGUUUUCUUUUGUCCUCCCAUUCAUUUCACAUCCUUUCAGAUAGUCUUAUUCUUUCUUGAUACUCGGAGACUUGAAACAAGCCCAUGGCUCAGUACUCCGAGGGCGCAGGCCUGUGCAGGGCGGUUGGAAAUGUUGGAAGUGUUACUAGUACCGGUUUCACUUUUUGUUGUCACAAUUUACUGUGUUUUUUACUUUUUCUGUUACGGUUUUGCUAAUUUAUCAGAAGGUCCAAAAGUUUGACAUAACUAUUUCAGUUUGCAUUAUUUAUUUAUGAUGCUUUUGUCAUUGUCUUUUAUACAUUUGGGAUUAUAAAUUAUGUAAAUGUUAAAAUGAGCAUCUCAAAGAAGUCUGUUAAAUCGUGACCGAAAAAAUCAAUCAGCUGUGUGUUCAGAAAGUGGAGUCCCAGUUUUAUGAAUCAGAGACAUAAACCAGAAAUUCCGUAACUGAUCCUAUAGGAAAGAAUCCAGCAGUUGAACAAAUUCUAUUUAAUGAGAUCCUUGUAGCAUAGAUGAUCUAUAGUGCUGACAACAGAUUUCUUAGAAAUGCUGCUAUCUCUAUUUAACUAACAUUUUGUUCAGUUUUGCCUCCAGUGGAAGCGGAAAGGGUUUUUUCAGCUGUUAAAUCCUAAAAAUCAAUAUAAUUUAUUUAUGUAAAAAAAAUCACUCAAUCGAUAUAUUUUUGAACCUUUUAAGUACUAAUUUUCUUUUUAUCAAGUAGAAAAAAAAAUGUAUUUGCCCUAAAUCCUUAAAAUACAAAUGCUAUAAAAA